AUGUCGCUCCUCGCCAGGACAAUCAGACCCACAAGAACUAUAUCAGCCAUCCCCAGGCGAUACUUGACCACCACCACCCCCCUCUUCAACACCAACUCCACCACCUCUACCGAAGAAUCAUCCAAAUCCGAUCAGCCCAAGAUCCAAACAUGGUUCCUCCAAAACAAGACCCCCUCCCCCUCCCAAAAGACUACCAACCAAAUCCCCAUCCACCCUCUACCCCCUACAGCCCCAGCAGCCGUCCAAGCAUUCCACGCUUUCCUCACGGAACAAGCUCCUUCGGAAGCCUCUGAGGUCAUCUUGCCAGAGACAUUGCAGUUCUUUGAUACCCGCGAAGCUGUCGCCGCUCUUGAAGCUGCCGAGCUCCCCAUAGGCCUCGAAGUUGACGGCCUCGAAGACGGGCUCGGCGACGUCGGGGGCGCUGUCAAACUGAGCGGUAUCGCCGGCACCCCCACCGCCCCAGGCGCCCUCGACCUCGAGCCAGCCCCCGCAUCUUCCUUCCCCCGCGAAACGAGGUGCCCGAGCGGGUCGAAGAAUAGGGAAGCAUACUUUAGGAAGAAGGGGAGUGAUGUCGGGCUACCAGAGGAUGGAGACUUGAUUGAUGCGGAGGAGGGGUCGGGGCCGGCGUGGGAGUGGGUUGGGGUUGUGCAGGUCAAGGGGCGGGGACGGGGGGUGGUCAGGAGGGCUGAUGGGGUUGUGAGGCGAUGGUUGAUGAAGCACCCUCUGGCGUCGCAUGUGGAGCCGAUAACUAUCGAGAACCCAAAGACGCCCCGUAUAGACCCGGAUGCGGAUUGGAGUAUCAUCUCUGUCAAGGGAACUAGAAUAUGUUUGAACCUGUUGACAGAGGCGGGAAGGGAGAAGUGGAGGCUGGAGGAUCUUUGGGGUAUCAAGCCUUGA